ACGUUGUCUUAAAAAGGCAGUUGAAUUUGUAAAAUUUCGAGUCGACGCUUGUGUCGCGAUGGCUCAUGGGACAGCGUAUGCAAAUUAGAUUUUGGUUUGGCCCCGCCUGGGAGGUCGGGAUGGGAGAAGAAACCGGGAGAGGGGAAAGGGAGGACGGCUAAGGGGAGGAGGAAGCCGGCUGAAGGGCGGGGCCGUUCCUCCAGCGUCCCAAGAUUCCCCGCGGGCGGAGCCGUCUCGUCAGCAGGGCCGCGGUCGCGGCGGCGGAGGCGGCGAAUGGUGGCCUGUAGGGGUCUGUGAGGAGGCGGCGGCGCGGCCGGAGGAGAAGAAGUGAAGGCGGCCGAAGCGCGGGGCAGGGGCGAGGGCGAGGGCGAGGGCGAGCACCCGGUGGGAGCGCGGCGGCCCGGGAGGGGUCCAAUGGCGGCUGGGCCGCCAGCCCCGCGAGCCCCGGCCUUUUAGCGCCUCGGCGGCCCAGCGCAGGAUGUCGGAGAACCCGCCGCCGCCGGCGGCCCCGCCCGGCCCCGGGAACACCCCGGGCAGUGGCCCGGCCAAUUCAGCCGCCGGGGCCGGGCCCGGACCUGGGGGGGCGGCGGCCGGAGGCGGUGGGGCCGGGACCCCUCGCGGGGCGCGCACCCCCAACCUCAACCCCAACCCCAACCCGCUCAUCAACGUGCGCGACCGUCUCUUCCACGCGCUCUUCUUCAAGAUGGCCGUGACCUACUCGCGCCUCUUCCCCCCAGCCUUCCGCCGCGUCUUCGAGUUCUUCGUGCUACUCAAGGCACUCUUUGUGCUUUUCAUCUUGGCCUAUAUCCACAUUGCCUUCUCUCGCACCCCUAUUAAUUGUUUGGAACAUGUGCGAGACAAGUGGCCCAGAGAUGGUAUCCUCCGAGUAGAAAUUCAACACAACUCCAGCCGAGCUCCCAUCUUCCUCCAGUUUUGUGAUGCUGAGAGCUUCCCAGGCAUGGUGAUAGAGUCUGAGGAAGAAGAGGAAGAGGAAGAAGAAGAUGAAAUGACAGUUGAGAUGUUUGAGAACAGCUCAGUCAAGUUUGAGCUGGACAUUGAACCAAAGGUGUUCCUGAAGCCUUCCCGGGUGAGCAACCCUGAAGCAUUGACCCAGAUGGCCAAGAAUCAAAGCCAGGAGCUUUCCUUCACUGAGGCGACGACUAAAGGUAUGCAGCCUCUGAUCGAGACUGUGUCGGAAUUUGAGAUGCUAGCCAGAGCAGUAUGGCCCCAAGAAGAGUACAUAGUGGAGUAUUCCCUGGAGUAUGGGUUUUUACGAUUGUCUCAGAGCACUCGGCAGCGCCUCAGCAUCCCAGUCAUGGUGGUGACACUAGAUCCUACGAGGGAUCAGUGCUUUGGAGACCGAUUUAGCCGUUUGCUCCUGGACGAAUUCUUGGGUUAUGAUGAUGUUUUGAUGUCCAGUGUGAAAGCUCUAGCAGAAAAUGAAGAGAACAAGGGUUUCUUGCGCAAUGUUGUAUCUGGAGAACACUAUCGCUUUGUCAGCAUGUGGAUGGCAAGAACUUCCUACCUGGCUGCUUUUGUCAUUAUGGUCAUAUUUACUCUGUCAGUCUCGAUGCUCCUGCGGUAUUCACACCACCAGAUUUUUGUCUUUAUUGUGGACCUCCUACAGAUGUUGGAGAUGAACAUGACGAUCGCCUUCCCCGCUGCACCCUUGCUCACAGUGAUUUUGGCUCUCGUCGGUAUGGAAGCCAUCAUGUCUGAGUUCUUCAAUGACACGACGACCGCAUUCUACAUCAUCCUCAUCGUGUGGCUGGCUGACCAGUACGAUGCCAUCUGCUGCCACACCAACACCAGUAAGAGGCAUUGGCUGAGGUUCUUCUACUUGUACCACUUUGCUUUUUACGCCUAUCACUACCGAUUCAAUGGCCAGUACAGCAGUUUGGCCCUGGUCACUUCUUGGCUCUUCAUCCAGCAUUCCAUGAUCUACUUUUUCCAUCAUUUUGAGUUGCCGGCCAUCCUCCAACAGAUCCGCAUCCAGGAGAUGUUGUUGCAGAACCAGCAGAUCGGCCAGGGCACCCAAACAGCCCUACAGGACAAUCUCAACAAUAACACUGCAGCCACUACGAUGGCCCCUGGGAGCCCCAGGCCCUCUCUACAGAAUGGGAGCAAUAGCCAGUCAGCCCCCGGGGAAGGGCCUGGCCCCACUUCUGCCUCAGUAGGAGGCGAACUGAACUGGAUGGCUGAGACAGCCACCAUCUUCACGGACCCUUCAUUUCUCUCUGAUCUGAGCGCCUCCCUCCUAGAGCAGAGAGCAGGACAUGGAGCCCUGGCCAACGGAAGUCCCUCCAGUGUCCCAGCUGCCUCCACCUCCCCUGGCCUAGUUGCCCAAAUCCGAGUUAGUGAGAGCCCUGGAGCCACCACUAGCUCUAUCACCAUUGAGGUGACAUCAGCGACAUUGGUCACCCCCCAAGCAGAAGGUACAACCCCUGAGCCUCCUGCCUCCUCCCCGGCCCACCUCUCGGAUACCCCUGAGCCUCCUGCCUCCUCCCCGGUCCACCCCUCGGGCACCCCUGAGUCGGCUGCUCCCCUUGCUGAUCAGACUAGGGCCAGUUCACUCUCACUGGGGGGCCAGGACAUGAUCAGUGGCUCUGAGAAUAGUGCCCCCACCUCAGACAAGUGUGUGAGCCCAGACCUUCAGGCCACACAGGGGAGCCAUCCCGGUUCCACAGACAGCAGCACCCCCUCCCACAUGCUUCCAGAAGCAGAGUUGAGGAGCCCCUCGUGAGCUCUCUUACACAUCCUUGAUAGGGCAGAGGGAAUCUCUCUGUUCCUGUCAGACACUGGCUCUCUUUUUCCCCAACCAGAUUCAGAUGAAUUUUUAAAAUUAUUUUUAAACCCACUGAGUGAAGGCAGCUCGGGAGAAAGUAGCCUUCCAGAGGCUGGGGCCUUAACUCCCCAGGGGUAGCUUGUCCCAGCUCUGUUUCCCCCUGGGCUCCACAGGAAGAUGUGUGUGACCUGACCUCCGCCAUUUCCAGAGCAACUGGUUUCUUUGCCCAACUCCUGGCCUAAAUCUGGGGGACUUCCCUGCACCACUAUUCUUGGGUUUCUUUUUCCCCUUCCUUUGUCUGGGAAUGUGCUCCUGCCUCCCCUUCUGGAUGCCGAACCUUGUUGGAGCUCAGGAUAGAAUUUCUCCAUCUCCUUGCUUUGUGCAGACAUGUCCUAUUCCUGGUGAUUUUAGCUCUUCUUCCCUUCUGGGGCAGGUGGCUUUUUUCACAAGAGAGCUCUUUUUUUCCCCUUUGAUUGGAGGAGCCCUAGAGGGGAGACCUUUCUACUCAGUCUCUGGGAAUUGUUAGAAUGGGGUUUUGUCUACCACCAUAAGCCCGGCAUCUUCUCAGUCCUCCAAGGCAGCAAGAGCUAGGGGUGUGGUGUGGGGCUUGGAGAAGUGCCAAGGGUGGGGAGAGAGGGAGCAUCGGGAAGGCAGGAGGAAGAUGCUCCGUUAGAACCUAGUGAGGCAGACUAGGAGGGGUCCAGUUUGGCCCCUACACUGGCCUAGGAGCAGGCAAGAGGGCCAGGAAGAGACGGAGCUUGCACCUCUCCAUUGAGAGAGCGCCUUUGGCAGCCCCUUUUAUCCCUCCCACUCAGAGCUGGUUCCCUCCUAAAACUCCAGAUGAAAAGAAUUGGUCCUUAAGCGAUCAGCCAUGGUUAGUUGAGAGUAGAUUUGGCUUGGGGCUGAAAUGCAGAAGUUUAGAGCAAAUGGCCAAGAGCUGGUGAAGGCCAGCCUUCAGCCAGCAUGCACACACAGAGGGCCAAGAAGGAGAGGAGGAGUGAGACCUUUGGUAUGGAAGCUUACUGGCUGCUGCUUCUCCCUCUCCAUCCUCCCUCCACAGGCGUCUCUGCUUGGUGCUUGGAGCUCAGUGCCUUUUCUUGGGCCUGGAGGAUGGCUUGUUCUCCCUGCCUCCUCCUAGCCAGAGCCUGACUUUCCCAGCAACUUUUUAAGGAGAAAAUCUGUGAGCGUCCUGUGGAGGUAGUGGCAGUUCCAAGGUGAGCCUGGGAUUUUCUGCCCAGAGGGAAGCAGUAUGGUACCUGCAGGCCAUUUCUUAGCCCUCUGGGGAGUACCUGAUCCGGCUUCCCGACAGCUGAAAGGGGGCAGUUGAGGGAAAGGCUGCCCUGCUGCUCUGAGAAGAAUUCCUAAAGUGGCCUGAGAAGAGAAAGUGAGAGACGGGGGUGUGCAGAACUCUAUAGUGACGGUGGGGAGGUGUCCCCAGACAUGUAGAACUGAGCACCAUGUGAAGCCAGGGAGUGAUAGCUGUAAGGAAUUUUGUUAAUUUGAGGCAGGAUGUGACUUGAGGUGUCCCCGUGUAUCCUGUUCCCCACCCUGUACCCGCUUACAGAGCUGCACCUGGCAAAAUUUUCUAUUUAUAGGGGAAACGUAUGAGUGAGUAUCAUGGCUCUGGGAACCAGAAUUCAGUGGGAAAGCUGGUCUCCCCGGCUCGGGAAAUGAACUUGAACAGUUUUUGGGUCCCAGCCUCCACUAGUCAAAAGCAAUGAAAGAUUAUGGGGAGUUGGGAGGGCGGUCCCCUGUCCAGACCCCUCCUGCCGCUGCCUUGGAAAUUGACUUGCUCUCUCUGGACCACCGUGAGAGCUUUGGACGACGAGCCGGAGGUGGAGUAAAUCAACCAAAUCACUUGGUGAGGAAUGAAAAAUAAAAAAUUCAUUCCAUUCUAUUUAAUUGUAAUGUACAAAAAUUGUGUUUGUAUAUAUAAUAAAUAGUCUAUCUAACA